AUGAGCUUUACCUCGGAGCGAGAUGUUCAAGAGGAUACCGCAUUGCCCAUGGACAACGAUGUUGGCGUUGGGGCCAAAUGGUUACCAACAGUGGCUCUCUCCGAGAUUGAAGAGAAGGCGCAGAUUUCGAGCAAUGUCUUCCUGGUCACAUGGAAUGGGCGAGAUGAAACCUUUAUCUACAAAACAGUGGAGCAUCCCUUCUACGACCAAAGCCACACAGCUUUGUUCCAACAGGAGCUCCGUAACAUCGUGCUCCUUCAGGGUAUCCGGAAUAUCGUCCAGCUGGUAGCUGUGGUGAAAUCACCAAGCCCGUUCAAAACAGCACCGUUAAGUGAAGGCGGUCAUGUUAUUCUUGGCAUGGUGUUAGAGUAUCACCCUAAUGGGACUCUCGAAGAUGCAAUCCAUCGCCGCGAUGGGAAAGGAACAGCCUGGCAGGCUUGGCCUUACCAGCUGGCACGUGCUUUGUUGCGGUUGCACGAUUCGUUUCUUACCCACAUGGAUAUUACCCCUCGGAAGGUCAUUAUCGACGCAGCCGACGAGGGCAGUUUUCACUGA